AUGACGCAGCGUCUCGUUCGCUGUGCCUUAUCUUCUAACCAUCAUCAGCUGAUACUGCGCCAUUUUACCAGUACAUCAUCUGCUGCUGGCUUUUCAUACCCAGGCGCACGUUCUCUAGAACAAAUUGUCAAGCUGGAGCUACUAAAGAACGAGUCGAGACGGCAAAUUUGCCGUAUCUGGGAGGAUUUUCACGUUAAUAAGGACGAUGCAAUCGCUACUACUUUGACAGCCAAUGAGUUUUAUUCUUUAGUAAAGCGUGCUGCAGUAGCACCUUAUUUUAUCGUUCCAGUCUACCGACAAGAAGGAUUUUUCAACAUGUUGUGUCAAUUCCAACAGUCGUGCUUUUUGGUCACGUACUUGGAUGCAUUUAAAGAAAAUCCCAAUGCUGCACCACCUUGUGUUGUCAUUUCAUUGUAUGAUAAUUUGGUAGCAGAAAAGAAUUUGACUUUGGUUCGUGCUGAUGUUAUUAACAUGUUGGACAAGAAAGAGUCGCAGCUUUUGCUCCAGCAAUUGCUGAUUAGUUACCAACACGACAAACUCUAUCAUCACGUCGACAAGUUUAACAAUACGCCGGAUCAAUUUGAUUUUGAAGCUUAUCGUUUACUGCUCAAGGACAUCUCGGAGUCUGUAAUGGAGGAAUAG